AUUUUCUCUCCGCGUUUAUACUACAAAGAUGUCUGAUGCAGGUCAAUGGUGCUUAAUCGAAUCGGAUCCAGGUGUAUUCACUGAAUUAAUUAGAGCCUUUAAUGUACAAGGGACACAAGUCGAAGAGGUCUGGAGCUUAGACGAUCAAACGUUAGAAGAAUUAAAACCAGUUUAUGGUUUAAUUUUUCUUUUCAAGUGGCAAGGCGGUAAUGACAGUUCUAGGUUACAUCCAGAAGCAGAUCUUAGUGUUGAUGAAAAUGUAUACUUUGCAAAACAAGUUAUUAAUAAUGCAUGUGCUACUCAAGCCAUUUUGUCUAUUUUAUUGAAUUGUCCUACGAUUGAUUUAGGUGCCGAAUUAGAUAAUUUUAAAGAUUUCACUAGAUUAUUUGAUCCGUAUGAUAAAGGCUUAGCAAUUACCAAUAGUGAACUUAUUCGGGGUGUACAUAAUAGCUUUGCUCGUUCCGAUCCGUUCUUUUUGGACCAAACUGACCAAUCUUCGUCUGAAAAGGAAGAUAUUUUCCAUUUUAUCUCGUAUGUUCCUGUUCAAGGGGCUUUAUAUGAGUUAGAUGGUUUAAGUAAUGGACCAGUGAAUUUGGGUCCGUGUACAGGAGACAAUUGGUUAGAAAAAGUCCGUCCUGUUAUACAGGAACGAAUGUCUCGUUAUACAUCUGCAGAAAUUCGAUUUAAUUUAUUAGCACUUAUCAAGAAUCGUGAAGACGUGUAUCGAACGCGAAUUGGGGAAAUUGAUGAACGAAUGCGUCAUGCAAGUAAUACUAAUAAUUCAAGUGAAUUAAUGCAAUUAAGUGAAGAAAGGGAUCAAUUAUUACAAAGGAUUGAAAUGGAAAAAGUUAAAUUUAAAAGAUACGAGCGCGAGAAUUCAUUACGCAAACAUAACUUCAUUCAAUUUAUAUAUAAUAUUAUUCGGAUUCUAGCAGAACGUGGUGAAUUACAAGCUCGUAUUGAAUACGCCCGAAAAGAGAUGUCAAAAAGAAUCAAAGAUCGCGCAGAAAAGAAGAAGGGUGAAUCUGGCAGUAAAAAUUAAAUACAAUUCUGAAAGUUUAGGCAUUUAACAUAAUUCUUGUCUGAAUUAUAUAGUUGUGUAAUUAAAAAGUUAUUUAAUAAAGUGACAUUAAACAAAGUGAC